GAGAAGCCCUGGCCCCAGUGAGGCUCUGAGGGACGGCCACACCUCUGUGGGGGAGGAGAGGGAGGCUGCCCUGAAGGGAGUGGACAGCCCCGCUGCCAGUCUUCCCAGGCUUAGAGUGUAAGAUGAGAAGGAGAAGGUGGGCCUCACCCAGGAGGGGAGGGCGCCCAGAAACUUCCUGCCGCUCUCAGCUCCACCGCAGACUGAGCGCAAGAGUCCUCCCACGAACUUUCAACUUCAUCCCAGUGUCUGGGGCAAGGGAGCAGCGAUCGGAGCUCGUGCGUUCCCAACUUGGAGCAGGGACACUGGCGAUUCCAGUUUGGACUGAGCUUUGAGCCUCGGGACUAAGCGUGCCUCGGUUCAUGUAAGCAUCCUGGAAAACUCCUUGCUACAACUCCGAGGGGGUUGGGGAUACUCAACUUGGACUUGUCGCCUGAAGAGAAAAUUGCAGGGAGGCGACACUCUGCGUGAGCAGAGUUGCUGGGACCCUCCACUGCUCCCUCCCCAAGACUAGAAACCGAGAGAGCCUGGGCUUCUUGCCCCCAACUCGGGAGUCCACACUGGAGAUCUUAAAGACUCUCGAGAAAAGCCACGUGGGGGGAUGGUUCCCCUGGGGCUUCCUCCCGUCUCCCGAUUGCCUGAUCCUCUGGAGUGUCCCCGACGUCUGCAAAGAUGUCGAUCUGGAUGUGUUAGUGGAGGCCUUAAGGCCUGUGGGCACCUUCAAGAAGAUCGGGAAGGUGUUCCGCAAAGAGGAGGACUCCACGGUGGGGAUGCUGCAGAUUGGGGAGGAUGUUGACUAUCUGCUCAUCCCUCGGGAGGUCCGGCUGGCUGGGGGCGUGUGGAGAGUCAUCUCCAAGCCUGCCACUAAGGAGGCUGUGUUUCGGGAGCGGCUGAUCCAGUUUCUGCAGGAGGAGGGCCGCACCCUGGAAGAUGUGGCUCGUAUCAUCGAAAAGAGUACUCCACAUCCACCCCAGCCCCCCAAAAGAGCCAAGGUGCCCAGAGUGAGGAGAGUCCCGCAGAUGGUCACUCCUCCACUUCGGCUGGUUGUAGGCACUUACGACAGCAGCAAUGGCAGCGAUAGCGAGUUGAGUGACUUCGAUACAUCCAAAGUCAAAGGCAAAAGGGGCUCCGGGAAGACCAGGAAGGUGCGCAAAAUGCCGGUCAGUUACUUGGGCAGCAAAUUCCUGGGCAGCGAUGAGAGCGAGGAUGAUCAGGAGCUGGUAGAGGCCUUCCUCCGCCGUGGGGAGAAGAAGCCCUGCGCGCCUCCUCCACGGCGCCGAGUCAAUCUUCCAGUGCCCAUGUUUGAGAAUAACCUGGGGCCCCAGCCAUCCAAGGGGGACAGAUGGCGGGAGUAUGUCAGCCAGGUGUCCUGGGGGAAGCUGAAACAGAGGGUGAAGGGCUGGGCGCCCAGAUCAGGCUCCGAGGUGGGCCAGGCCCAGCAGGCCUCCGUAGCUGAGAGGGCUGGAGAAAUGAGACACAGCCACACCAGCCCAGACGAUGAUAGCUCCAGAAACACAGGAGACCUGAGCGACCAGACACUGAUUACCAGACGCUGGAAGCCCAAGAUCAAGUGGGUCUCCUUGAGACGAUGCAGGAAGGAGCAGGUGCCACCCUCGGCUCAGGGGACAGCUGAAGAGCCCCGAGAGGCUGCAGAAAACCAGGGAGCAGGGGCUGCAGCUGAACAUGGGGUAGAGGCUGCAGCUAACCAGAGGCCAGAGGCUGCAGCUAGUCCAAGAGCAGAGGCUGCAGCUAAUCCAAGAGCAGAGGCUGCAGCUAAUCCAAGAGCAGAGGCUGCAGCUAAUCCAAGAGCAGAGGCUGCAGCUAAUCCAAGAGCAGAGGCUGCAGCUAAUCCAAGAGCAGAGGUUGUAGCUAAUACAAGAGCAGAGGCUGCAGCUAAUCCAAGAGCAGAGGUUGUAGCUAAUCCAAGAGCAGAGGCUGUAGCUAAUCUAAGAGCAGAGGCUGCAGCUAAUCCAAGAGCAGAGGCUACAGCUAGUCCAAGGGCAGAGGCUGCAGCUAGUCCAAGGGCAGAGGCUGCAGCUAGUCCAAGGGCAGAGGCUGAAGUUAACCAGAAGGCAGAGGCUGCAGCUAGUCCAAGGGCAGAGGCUGAAGUUAACCAGAAGACAGAGGCUGCAGCUAGUCCAAGGGCAGAGGCUGCAGCUAGUCUAAGGGUAGAGGCUGCAGCUAGUCUAAGGAUAGAGGCUGCAGCUAGUCCAAGGGCAGAGGCUACAGUUAGUCCAAGGGCAGAGGCUGUAGCUACUCCAAGAGCAGAGGCUGUAGCUACUCCAAGAGCAGAGACUGCAGCUAGUGCAAGGGUAGAAGGUGCAGCUAAUCUCAGGGCAGGAGUCCUACCUGACCAGAGGACAGAAGCCAUAGGUAGUCAGAGGGCAGAGGGCCCAGUUAACCAAAGGACUGGUGCUACAGAAAAUCAGAGGGUGGAGGUCCUAGCUGACCAGAGAGCAGGGGUCCUCCAUGAUCAGAGGGAGGAGGCUGGACCUCAAGCUAUACUGGAAGCCUCGGCUGAUUCGGGAUCUAGAGCCCGGAAACAGGUAAAGACAGUGAGGUUCCAGACCCCAGGACGCUUCUCCUGGUUUCACAUGCGCAGGAAAGCUUUCUGGCACACUCCCAGGUUGCCAACCCUGCCCAAGAGAGGCCCCAGGGCAGGGGCGGGAGAGGCUAGGAGCCUCAGGGUGCUAAGGGCUGACACCAGAGCAGACAUGGAACACAGAGAGCAAGAAGAACAGCUGUGAGGGAAGCCCAGUGCCUGGGCACCCUGCCUGCACCCUGCCUGCGUGGUGUUAGCUGCUAGGAUACUUCUCUCCUCUGCGGGCUGCCUCUUCCUCCACAUUUGAAAAUGGAGGCUGCAGGGGCAGGCAGCACUGCCCACACCUUUCCUCCCCUUUCCACACUCAUUCUCUACUCUCUUCUGUCCCUCCCUGCCUCCUUCUCUCUCCUCUCUUUUUCUUUCCUUCUCUGUCUCUAUAUUUUUAUUUGAGACAGAGUCUUGCUAUGCAGCCCUGAUGGCCGGGUGCUCCAUAUAUAAUUGGUCUUAAACUCACAGGAGUCCUCCAACUUAGCGCCCAGAGCAUGAGGUUACAGGUGUGCGACACUACAUCUGGCUCAGUGACCCUCUUUCUGUUUUGUUUUGUUUGAGACAGGGUCUCUCUCUAUAGCCCUGGCUGGCCUGGAUCUCACCAUGUUGACCAUGUCUAGAAUUAAUGUAGACCAGGCUGGCCUUGAACUCACAGAUCUGGUUGCCUGCCUGUGCCAGGACUAAAGGCGUGUACCACCGUGCCCAUCUUCCAGUG